AUGACAUCUAAUAUUGCGGAGUCUAUGAAUGCAGUCCUUGUCCAUGCACGUUCUCUACCAGUCACUGCACUUCUGGAACAUGCUCGUGCACUCUUACAACGCUGGUUUUACGAGAGGCGAACAUACGCAUCCAGUCGCGAAACCAUUCUCACUAACUACGGUGAGAAUAAGAUGCGUACUACAGAGAACCUCUCUCGUACUCACUCCAUCACACCCAUUGACCAUCACAAGUUGGAGGUUAGCGAUGGACUAAAAAGGGUGCGUGUGAAUUUAAAUGCAAGGACCUGUGAAUGUAAAGAGUUUGACUACUUUCAGUUUCCUUGCUCCCACGCUAUUGCAGCGACCACCUAUUGGAACGUGAACAGGUACACACUAUGCUCACCUGCAUAUACUAUUCAAACUCUCAUUAACACAUAUGUCGAACCUGUUUACCCUCUCGGCGAUAAGGACGAUUGGAUAUUACCUGAUGACUUCGUCGACCGUAUAGUGGAGCCCCCAAGAUAUGUUUCGCGCGUUGGUCGACGUCAAACUAUACGAAUUCCAUCUGCUGGGGAGACCCGCCAAGUCCACAAAUGCGGUUGGUGUGGCAACAUGGGUCAUAAUAGAAAAACAUGCCGCCAACCACUUAGAACUAUAGAUUGA